AAGGAAAUACAGUCACUGAACUUUAAAUGACACACAAUGUGGCUUACCAAGGCACUUCCAAUAAUUUCCUGUCAUUUAUUCUCUACUGCUCUACCAAUUCUAUCGACCAUCAUUUCACAAUGGCCUCAGAAAUUGCCCAAGCAGCUGAAAAGCUCAGCAUCAGUGAAACCGUAUACGUCGAUGAAGUUUCUGGCUGUGAUGCUCAAGGCACCGGUGCCGAAAAUGCUCCUUUCAAAACUGUCCUCAAAGCCCUCGAAGUAAAGGGUGAAGACGUUAAAAUUCAAAUUAAGAAGGACGAUGAAGGUUUUAAGGAAAUCUCUGGCGCACAAAUGAAGAAAGCCAAAAAGACACUCGCCGAACAAAAGAAAAAAGCUAAGCGACUUGAAGAACAAAAGCUCAAGCAGGAAGCCGACUUGAAGAAGAAGCAAGAAGAUGAAGCUAAGGCUCUUGAAUAUGCCAAAUCAAUUGUUCUUGAGGAAGAUAAGAGUCUUCCCGCUGCCGAGAAGAUUAAAAUCCGUGAUGCCACACAAAACAGGACCAAGCGUGUCAAAGUUUCUGGCUGGGUUCAUCGUCUUCGUGUCCAAGGUAAGGACAUGAUGUUCAUUAUUCUGCGUGAUGGUUCCGGUUACUUACAAUGUGUCUUGACCGGUAAAUUGUGCCAUUCUUUUGAUGCUAUUACACUUACCGUUGAAUCCGCUAUCACCGUUUAUGGUGUUAUUAACGAACUUCCUGAGGGUAAAACCGCACCUGGUCAUCAUGAAUUAGUUGCUGAUUAUUGGGAAGUAGUCGGUAAGGCUCCCAGCGGCGAGGAUGCUUUCAAUAACAAGGUCACACCUGAUGCUGAUCCUUCUUACCUCUUGGAUAACCGUCAUCUUGUCAUCCGUGGUGAAACUGUCUCUGCCGUUCUCAGAGCUAGAGCUGAAGUUAUCAAGAACUUCCGUGCUUUCUACGACCAAGCACACUUCACUGAAGUCACUCCCCCUUGCAUGGUUCAAACUCAAGUCGAAGGUGGUUCUACUUUGUUUGCAUUCAACUAUUACGGUGAAAAUGCUUAUUUGACUCAAUCAUCUCAACUUUAUCUUGAAACCUGUCUUCCUUCUCUUGGUGAUGUCUUUUGUGUCGCCGAAUCCUAUCGUGCGGAAAAGUCUCAUACCCGUAGACAUUUGUCUGAGUACACUCACUUAGAAGCUGAAAUGGCGUUCAUCUCUUUCGACGAUUUAUUAGAUCAUCUUGAAAACCUCAUUUGUUUCGUUAUUGAUCGUACCUUAGCCGACGAAAAGACUGCUGAGUUAGUCAAGCAAUUGAACCCUAAUUUCCAAAAGCCCUCUCGUCCCUUCCUCCGCAUGAAAUAUGCCGAUGCCAUCAAAUACUUGAAGGAAAAUGAUAUUAAAAAGGAAGAUGGCUCUUUCUACGAGUUUGGUGAAGAUAUUCCUGAAGCUCCUGAACGUGCCAUGACUGAUAAGAUUGGCCGACCUAUUUUCCUCACUCAUUUCCCCCAUGAAAUCAAGGCUUUCUAUAUGCAAAAAGAUCCUUCUGAUAGACGUGUGACUGAAAGUGUUGAUGUGUUGAUGCCUGGUGUUGGUGAAAUUGUCGGUGGUAGUAUGAGAAUGGAUAACAGAGAAGAGCUUCUUCAAGCUUACGGCACUGCUGGUAUUGACCCUACUCCUUACUACUGGUACACUGAUCAACGUAAGUAUGGUACUACUCCUCAUGGUGGUUACGGUCUCGGUGUUGAACGUUUCCUUGCUUGGCUUCUCAACCGUUAUACUGUUCGUGAUUGCUGUCUGUACCCUCGUUUCACUGGAAGAUGUACUCCUUAAGUAACUUAGCAAAUUAUAUAGAGACAUAUAAUGUGUAUAAAUAUUUUUUGGCUCAUGUUCCCUUAGUGAUGAAUUUUUGCUCUAACG